AUGGCCCGCCCAGCCACCCAAAGUAGCCCGGCUCCUAGCCCCAUGCUCGCCUCUCCUCCUUUGGGACUAGCCACCCCGAGCUCCACGAUGGUCAGUCUCAAGAGCCUCCUUCAGGGACCGGUCAAAAGUCCCGACCGCCGAGGGGCCAAGGAUCUGGGCUCAUGUGAGUGAUACCCCUUCGAUCCUCCCUUGCAAUCAUUCCUCCACCUGGUUCCUCCUUUGCCUGCCUGUCCAUCUCUCCCUAAGUGUACUUAGCUCCGUAUUUCCUCUAUACAUGCAUCCAUUUUCUUGCUGCUGGUGGUGUUUUUUGUAUUAAUCUUCAGGGCACUGCAGAAUCUUCCCUAGAGUUUGCCCUUGAAAUGGCUGGGUCACUCUUAUUCCCAUUUCACAGAUAGGGAAGCUACUGAGGCAGGGUUGUCAUCCUUAGCAGAGGCAGGAUUUGCAUAUUUGCAUAGGAGUCUGCCUAGCCAAUCAUGUCUCCCCUGGGCUACCAUAGAGGCCAUCCUUCUACUUCAUACAUCUCCCAGGCAUCCCAUAAUAUUAGUCCGGGCCUCUCUGUCGUUUCUGUGGCAUUUCAUAAAUGUCUGCCUUCAGUGGAAAAAAGAGUUUUGAGGCAGUCUAAAGACGAGCAGAAUUAUUGGCACAUAAGCUUUGGUCUGCUCAGUCUUUAAAUACAUCCCAUAAAUGUCCCUCUACCUGCCACCCCAUCCAUCUCCCCACCCCAUAGUUUAUCUCUCAACCUGUAUUCACCCCCUUUAUAGCUGCCUCCUUGUCCACCUGGCUUUUCACGCCACCCACCUGCCUUAUAUCUGUCUAUAGGUCCCAACCUGCACACACUUGUCCAAUGCUCAUACGUAUAUAAAAAAAUUGAGCCAUUUGUUCCCUCUAUUUUAAAAAAACAAAAAACCAUAACAAAAUAUGUGAGUUGCAAAGACCUGCUGAGACUCAGGGCCCCUGGAAAGGGAAGUCCUUCCUAUGAAUGAUAUGCAGUGAUAUUUAUAUACUCUUGUCCUCCCUCCCCUUCUAUCCAGAUGGCCUUCAGAGCCUGAACAUUCAGCUUGCUUUCAUUUUGGGCUUUUCCAUCUCAAUUGCGGGGGGGGGGGGGUGUUGAACUGUGUUUGCUUUCAAUGCGGCAUUGUUAAUUCUUUCCAUCCAUGAAAUGUUCCUCUCCUGGGUUGUGAGUUCCAAUCAAAAUGCAUUCAUUCUAAAUAGGGAAGGCCCCAUGCAGUGGGUUCAUGUAGGACCCACAUAUGCGUAGGGACAGACCCAUGUUUACUUCUGGAUGGGAUGCCACAGAAGAUCUGGAAGGAGGUCGAAAUCUAGUUAUUGCAGGAAGGGCCUGGGACCUAGGCUUUCUGGAGAAAGAAGGUAAAUGCCUUUGGUGGCGCAAGAUUUAGGAGGAGCCACGGAGCCUGAACUCCUGGCAUGUUUGGGAGAGGAGGAGGGGCAUUAGGGGCAAGACAAGCUUGGGGGCCAGGACUUCUAGAUAUAUGAGGCAGGGGACUUCUAUAGGUGGGAUAGCUCAGUUGGUAGAGCAUGAGACUGGUGGGUUCAAGCCUCAUUGUUGGGCUAAAGAAUAUUGCGUUGAGGGUUGGGCUAGAUGACCCUUGGGACCCAUUCCAACUUUACAAUUCUAUUAUAAUUCAAUUGCCCCUACCGUUGCGGUGCGUGUGCAUUUCAAUCCCGGAUCGCUUUUCUGCCCCUUGGGUGUUUGGCAAGAUGGGCAGCCGGUUUUGAGAGAUCUAAGCAAAACAAUGACAGAGAGUGGGCUGGGGAGGGGACGGAUAAGGCCUGUCAGGUUUUCUGGGUGGGGAAGCGGUUGGAAGGGGGGGGGCGGAGAGGACAGAUUGGCGAGCUGCCCAGGACUCCGGGGUUCUGUCGGGCAAUGCGGUGCUGAGUGCGAAGGCGGCGUGCGUCCCGGAUUCCGAGGAUCGGGAGGGGAGGGGGAGCUUUGGGGAGCCCGGACGCCUGGGUUCGCUCGCUGCUGCUGCUGCUGCUGCUGGAGAGGUGCCAACUCGCUAGGGUUUUCCAGGGUGAUCCACCAAGCGGUGUCUCUGGACAUGCGCACAAGCUCCCGUGCGCGUACACACACUCACCCAAACACACACACACACACUCUCGCAUCUGCUGGCUGGCAGCAGUAAAUCCCUUAAAGCUGCACACAGCCUGGCCACGGGACGCAGCAGGAGGGAGCGAAACGUGCGCGCGGGCGCUGCUGUGGCGCUUCGCCCCGGGAAACACUCUCGCAAGACUUUUUCGCACGAGCGAGCGAGCGGGCAGCGAAGGGCAAGGCGGGAGGAGGAGGAGGCGGCUAGGACAUCGCAGGGGCACCCAGGGUGCCACCCGGGGUCAACGCCCCACGGAGGGAGAGGGGAAGAGGGAGGUGCACCAGGGUGGCGAGGAAGCUGCCAGCCACAAGCUGGCAUUUGGGCUCUGGCCGGCGGACAAGAUGGGAGGCGGACACACCGACACGGACGGUGGGUAUCUUUGCGGGCACUUAUUGCGCGCGCUGGGGCGGGGGGUGUGAUUGGCACCCUGCGGCCGGGGUGGGUUUCCUGUGAAUUCAGGCAGAGCAGAUGGGCAUCUCGGACUGUUUCAGGGUUUUUAUUUCAGUUUGAUAAUAUUGACAGGAAGGUGCCCGGCAUUAAGAUGGGCAGAGUGUAUAUAUCUUUUUUUGGGGGGGGGUCUUGCAUCUUGGGCAUCCUGCCACCCGUCCUGCAAGGGUGCCAUUCGCACACACACAUAAACAAACGUGUUUGUGCACAGGCACUCUUGACAGAUUUGUUUGGGUGCUGACUAGUCUUGGCCACCCCAGUGUUAUUGUUGUAGGUUUGCCCCCCCCCCACCCAAAAGAAGGACCGAGUUUUGCUUCUCCGCCUAGAGCUGAAUGUCAAUCAUUCCUCUUCGGAACAGAAAGUAAACUGAUGUCCUGCUUGAAUAGGCUCCUGCUGGCUCCAGCCAUUGAGAAACUCGCCUGACCCUGGUUACUUUGAGGUUGUUGUUGUUGUUGUUAAUGACCACUCUCCAAUGCUUUGGGCGGCUCGAUCCUGAGCACGUUUUACUUGGAAGCAAUUCAUUUCCAGAAGGGUUAGUAGUCUGUGGCACCUUUUAAAAAGUUUAUUGUGGGUAUCAGUUUCAUCGGAUACACAGAAAUGGACUCUGCUCCGCAAAAGCUUAUGGGCACAAUAAAUGUCUUAUCUUUUCAGGUGUCAGGGGACCCUUGGUUGUUUAUACAUGGAAGCAAGCUUUAUAAAUGCCCGUUGGCUUUACACCUGAGUAAACAUGCCACUGGCCACAGACUGAUAGAGAUGCAAUUUCAUUAUAUUAUUCCUGGUGCGUUCUGCAACUUGCAGGUGGCUUUCCUUUUCACAACAGCCUCCACAAAGCUGAGUGUUGUUCCCAUUUCACAGUUGAGUAAAACUGAGGCUUGAGCUUUGGUAGCCUCUUUGAUUGGUUCCUAAACUGAUUUUAUAUGUUUUUGCUUGUAAUCAUAUUUUGGAAUGCUUUUAUCUGUUUUGGAUUUUUUUUAAAAAAAAAAAUUAUCUUGUUUUGCCACCCUGGACUACUUGGAGAGGAAGGGUGGGAUAUAAAUUCAAUAAAUAAAUAAAUAAAUGACCCAGGCUUUGAAUAUUUGACUCAUAACUCCAAAUUAUAUCAUUUGGAUAAUAUUGACUAUGGCAGGAGGAGGGCGUUCAAAGAUUACAGGGGGGGCGGCAAUACUAGGAAGUGGUGGUGAGUACUUUGGACCAAGUUUGUGAAGCUAAUACAAUUGAGGGGCAAAGUUAAGAGUGGUGACAAAAUGCAUAGAGUUCAAUUCAUUUACUACACUGUUCUGUAUAUUUUAUUGCAUAAUUUCAACAGUUGUAUUCCUGCCUGUGUCAUGUUCCUCACAACUCAUAAUCCUCAUGAAUAAUAUCUCCCCCUCCUCCACUACUUCCUUUAUCUUUGCAAUAGACCUGACAAGGUAGUUAAUAAUAUUCCCAUUUUACAGAUGAGGAUAACUGAGGAUUAAGAACUUGCCCAAGGCCGCCCCGGUGACUCCAAUGGCUGAGCCAGGAUUUGAACCUGAAUCUCGGAUAGCCUAUCAUCUGAGUCGCUCCGACUCUUUGGUGAUAGUUGUUUGGGGGGUGGGGUUCAUUGGAAGAAAAGUGGAAGAGGGUUGUCUGGGGUGGAUUUGGAGUGGAUCAGCUGCCCAGGGUUGGGGAGCUGCGCAGUAGGCAGCCGCGCACAGGCUUUGCUUGAUCUGUGGGGCGUUGCGGGUGACUCGCCCAGUUUCGGGGUGCCAGGCUGGUGUCACCGCAAGAGGUGUCAGCUGGGCCCGGACUUCUCUCCCACGUGUCCAGGCAGAGUCAGGGCUCAGGUAUGGCGUGCCACUCCCAAGCCUGCCUGAGCCUCGUGCAGGGGGGUGGGGCGUCUUCAGGAGAAUCCUGGCCUGUAAACCACAAGAGCCCUCAAGCCUUCGGAGACCUAGUGAGGGGUGGAGGGGGUGAAGGUGGCAGUGGGUUCUCCCCAAGUGCAUGGGAAAGAGGGUGACCUUGGUUAAAGAAUGGAGGCAACCCGCUGGAACAGACAGUUCCUGGCUGAAGACCUCUGGAAUUGUGGGACAAAAGGAAAUAUGCAAGUCUGUCCUGAUUCCUGCCCGCUCACUCCCAACCUUAGCUAAAUCUCCCUCUACCCCGAUCUUCUAUAAGAUUUGAUGCUUUAUUAUGCUUUUAUAUUUUUUGGAAGGCACCCAAAGUGGCUCAGGCAACCCAGUCAGGUGGGCAGGGUACAAAUAUAUUAUUAUUAUUAUUAUUAUUAACAACUAUUAUUAUUAUAUAAUGAUAAUAGUUGUUAAUAAUAACAACAAUAACAUAGUUGUUAAUAAUAAUAAUAACAAAAUAAUAAUAAUAAUAAUAAUAAUAAUAAUAAUAAUAUAUUGCAAAAGAGGCUGGACUCCUUCUGUAAUCUGAGCACUAUGGGGGAGCGAGUCUAAUGAUAUGACCCCGAACUCCUGGGUCCUUUGGUAUGGGAGCACAACUUAGUGAGCUUAGAAUAAGGGGAGCUCUAGCAACUGGGGUUCUUGCGGCAUCCCCUGGUGUGGCCUGGGUGGUGGUGAUGGGCACCUGCCCAACGCCAGCACAGAAGAUGCCAGUCAGAUCUGCCCCCCAGAGAGCACCAAAUGCUCCCUCCCCACACUGAUGCCCACACCAGGGUCACCCGGCGGCUCCUGCCGCUGCCCCACCUAGACCAAAGAGGAGCGAGCUGGAGGGAUUCAGGCAGGCAGAUGGGCUGAGCGAGCUCCGAGGGCGCAGGAGAGCGGAGCCCAAUCAAGCGUGGCUGAGCAUGGGGUCAUCUGGGGUGAGGCAAGCGCUCACGUUUUUUUUGCUGGUGAACGGCAUGCAGGCCUCUAGGGCUGGAGAGAUAGGGAUGGGGCCCAGGCAGGUUUCGGCAGCCUCCGCGGCUCAAAGAUGCCGACUGCCGCAUGCUGCAGCCACCCAUCCCCACAAGAUGCAUCUCUCCCCGCCAUCUGGCCCUCUCAUUGGCAGCCUGUCCUUUUUCUUUGCCCACCCACCUGCACAGCCUGCCUGCGCCCGGAGAGGAGGACCGUGCAGAGUUUAUAUUUGAGCAGAACUGUUUUGUCUGCUUUGGGCCCUUGGGCUGUGAGAAUGUAAGGAAGUGAGAGCCCCAUGCAGGAACACCCACCCACCACACAUGUAAGGCGUACGACUUCUCCCGAAGAAUCCUGGGAACUGUGAUUGAAGAGUGCUGGGAAUUGCAGCUCUGCAAAAGAUAAGCUAGAGUUCCCAGGGUUAAUGGGGGGAAGUGGUGUGCUUAAAUGUGUGCUGUGUACGCAGCCACCCCCACACUCAAGCGCCAAAUGCAAUGCAAAGCCACAUGCAACUAGAUAGAUGCUGGGAUACCCGAUUGCUUGGGAGAGGCAGGUGGCCAGGACCCCCUUACUCUGUCCUGGGUUGCCUGGGGCUGUCUGGAUUCAGAGGGUGGCCAAGCCCAGAGACUGGAAGCAACUGCCUCAACACUCUGGCCUUUUGCACUUUGCACCCGUGCCCAGGGAUGCCUGAAGCUCCCCACGCCAGCAGUGCUGGGUGUUGUAUUCCAAGUGCACACAGCCAUGUACAUAAACAUUAAGUCUUGCUGAUCUCUCAUCCUCCCUUGUGCAGUAGGAUCGAUUGCUGUUCACCUUGCAAAACCCUUAGAAUUGCAAAGUUACGGCAAUUACAGGCUUCAGAAUGGUUAUUUUCCUCCUUUUGUCCAUCUUCCCAAUCCAUCUCCCCAGUCCACUUCCAUGUCAACAGUGUAACAUUGAUCGGUUUCCUUUAUUCCGCUGGCCCUGUGCUGUGGAAAACCUGCACACACACAGAAGAUUCGUAGAUUUCCGCUUUCUUGGCUUCCGGCCUCUAGGUUUCUGACCCUAGAUGCUUCUUAUCCCAUAAACCUUCUUCCUUAACCCGAGCUUCUCCUCCUGCCCCCUUUUCUGCAGGUGUCAUCAAAGACAAGGAACGCAAAAUGGAGGACGACCUGAGCAUUUCGAGGCCUGGCCACUGCGCCUACCUGGGCUCCCUUUUGUGGGAACGCACGCUGCCCUACAACGAGAUUGAGUAUGUUGACUUGGACGAGUUUUUGCUGGAAAACGGGCUGCCCCCAAGCCCAGCUCACCAGCCCUUCUCGCCGGGGAGCCAGCCCACGGCCUCGCCUUCCAGCGGGGUGGUGGUGGACCUUAGCCGCCCGGCCUCUUGUGCGUCGUCCUCUUCCAUCUGCUCCUCGUCUGGCGAAGGCCUAGUGGGUAGCGAUUACGACCAUCACGGCAGCAGCCAGACAGGUAAACUGUGCUGUACUUUGGGUGUGAGGGUGGUGCUGGUGGGGAAAUGGGAGUCAAAGUGAUUGCUGGCAUUUGUCAUCCCUCCCCUUGGAAGGAGCUGUGAGAAUAUCAACUCACCCUUCCCUUGUUUCAUAUAACUUUGUUUACGCUCCAAGCUCCCCGUGUUUCUGAGCUGCACACCUAUUAAGUUUUAGCUGUAUGUUUGCAAAGAGAGUCGUGGUGGGAACUGGAGCUCCCAUUCUGAAGACACUCAGUUGACUCUGCGAAAUAGCUCUUGGGUUUCCAAGGCUAAAAGGUGUUUUUACAGUCUAAUAGUGGCUGCAGUGGAACAAGGGUUAUAUUGUAGUGCCCCAUUCACUUCAAGGUGAAGGACAAACUACAUGUUACACAGAAGUGCAUGGAACAAAAUGAAAAGCAGACUUGGGAGGCUGAGAUUUGGAGUGGAGAGGCAGGAGAGAAAUGUGUGUUUGAUUCUCUCCCUUCUGGCCUUUUUCCUGUCCUUCCCACCCCCUCUGCUACCUGCUUCCAGGCUACAAGCACCAGUCUCUCCUUCUAUUUGUCUGACAAAAUUAGUUAUUGUGUUAUGCCUUGGAAUAAAUUAUGCAAAGCAUGCAGUGUUUACUCCAAGUGCAAAAUUUAGCCUACCUAUUUGGAUAUAUUUUUUUUGGGGGGGGGAGAUACCUCUGAGCACACACCACUUUGGAUAGGAGGAGUGAGCAGUUUCUAGAGCCCUUCCUGUUUGGGAGGGCAGUUUCAUGUUCCCUCCCUGGUUGCAGAGAAAAUUGAGUUUCUAAUCUCCUCCCUGAUUGCAAAUAGUUUUUCAAUCCCAGCCUCUCUGGGUUGCAGUGGCAAUACCAGUGGCCCCCUUCAGGCUGCUGCAAGAAUUGCGCUUCCCUUCUCCUUCCUAGUCCCCCCGUUGUCUGAUGCCCCCAUUAAAUUUUGGUUAAAUAAUUAUGUUUGCAGCAGAUGUUUAAUACACCAUUGCAGAAAAUAAAAGCAAAUUUUGCUCUGUUUUGGAUUUAGUCCCUUCCUGGUUUGCAGAAGCAGAUCAGAUGGUUUCUACCCAGUUUAGAUCACAAGUAUUAAGAAUUUCAAUAGGGUCCUCCAUGCAUUUUUUGUUGCAGAGAGUGCAGAAGGAAGGUUGCAGCAGUUCUGAAGCUAUACAGGUGUGGACCUAGUUGUUUGCCUUGGAUGAGAGCUUCAUGGGUAUGCUAGGAUAUUAAAGAGAAAACUUUGGGGUGCAAUUUUAUACUAUUUAUAAGAGUUAUAGGGACGCGGGUGGCACUGUGGUGUAAACCACUGAGCCUUGGGCUUGCCGAUCAGGUCGGCGGUUCGAAUCCCUGCGAAGGGGUGAGCUCCCGUUGCUCGGUCCCUGCUCCUGCCAACCUAGCAGUUCGAAAGCACGUUGAAGUUCAAGUAGAUAAAUAGGUACCGCUCUGGCGGGAAGGUAAAUGGUGUUUCCAUGAGCUGCUCUGGUUUCACCAGAAGUGACUUAGUCAUGCUGGCCACAUGAUCUGGAAAAACUGUCUGUGGACAAAGUCGGCUCCCUCAGCCAGUAAAGCAAGAUGAGUGCCGCAACCCCAGAGUCAUUCGCGACUGGACUUAACUGUCAGGGGUCCUUUACCUUUACAAGUGUUAUAAAGAUUUGCAAUUUAAUGCUUGUGUUUAAAUAAGGUGUGGGGGGGUCUUUGGCCCUGCAGACAUUGCUGAACUACAACUCCCACCAGGCCCAGCAAGCACAGCCAGUCAUGAUGGGAGUUGUAGUUCAGCAAUAUCUGCAGGGCCAAAGGGUCCUGCACCUGGUUACUUUCAUUAUUUCAUGUGUUAACUUUAACAUCUCAUGUGUUUUAGAAACUUGGACUUUGUGAGAUGGUUGGAUGGGAAGUGAAUUGUGUUUUUUUCAUUUUGGGAGGGGGCUCCCCACCUUCUAAAGUUGCCAAGCGCUCCUAAAACUAACUUUUCCACUUCUUGAAAAUACUGGGUGCUUUCCCUGAAGCUGAAAUACUAUAUUUUCAAACUGUCACUUUGAGUUGCAGUAAUUACUGAUAUUGUUCAGAUUACCGCCUCCAAUGUGUGCACUGGAUUUCCAUGAGGAGGGCAGGUUAAUGUGGGUUUAAACUCGAGAAUAAAAUAGACAGUGCUCUGAAAGUUACCUGCUACCAUUUAAUACUUACUGUCCCUUUUCUGCUUUCAUUUACAGUUGUGGUUUUUGGUGCGAUUUGGGAAAUCGCAAGAGAGGAGGGUGGAUAUCAUGAGAUGUUUGGGUUUUGUUUGAAACGCAGAGUUGGGAGACUAGCGCUUGUGGUUUGUGGAGAGAAAUAUCGGGAAAACAAGGUAGUGGGACGACUUUGACGCCAUCCUUAGUGAAGUACAGCGGGGCGCUUGGGAUCCGUGCCCUCGUGGCCCCAGUGAGCACUCCAGAGAAGGUAUUCUUACCAGCGGUCUUCCUUCGCAAUGGUACCUCCUCGAGCUAGUAGUGGGCAGCGUAGACUUUGCUGGUGGCUAAAGGUGACGUAAAAUGCAAAGGAAUUAUGUUUUUCACAGAUGUAAGUUGGGUAAAUUUGGGUGCCCCCCCCCUUGAACCACAAAGCUUUACAGGGUAUUAACAGAGGGCCACCCACCUAUGUCCCCAUAUUUCCCCCCAACUUUUUCCUCCCACCCUACUCUACAAAGUACAGUGUUUUCCACUGAUCUAAUCCAGACAUCUGGACACUCAGUACUUUCUCUGUUCCAGAGAACCCAGGAAUCCUAAAUACCCAUAGGCCCCCCUCCUCCUAUCUCCUCACAGGAGGUCUCCAACACCCAUCCAAGUUAACUAGACGCCCCCCUUUCCCUUCCGGAGAACCCAGGAGUCCCGGGCACUCGCCUGCACACCCCCUUCCCCCACAUACGGAUCCUGGAUGUCAGCGCCUCGAAGCUCCCCCAUGAGAACCCAGGAGUCCUGGACAGUAUCUUCUGCCCACGUACACCGAUCCCCUCCCCCCACUGGAUCGCUCCUCCUCCUCCUCGUUCCUAGCAAUCCUGAAUACCAACAGCCUCAGGUUCCCUCCUCCUCCUCCUCCUUAGACACGCAGAAGAAUUACAAAUACCAACAGCUUUCUCCACCCCCCCUUGCAUUAAAAAAAAAAGAACUCAGGAAUUCUGGAUUCCCUCCUCCCCCUUUCCAACAAUUCCGUGGGGGGGUACUGGAUGCCCACCCCCGCGGCGGGGUGGGGUGGGGGGAGGCGCGCUCUCGUGUGCCUGUGCGCGUGCACACAGGCGCUCCUUGCCUGCCCGGCGCGGCGGCAGGCUGCGGGGAAUCCCGUGUCUGCUGCUGGGCGCGGAAAUCCUGCGCUGCUGGCUCCCGCCUGGGAAGCCCGGUCUCGUGUCUGCUGCACGGAGCCUCCUGCUCCCGCUCACGUGCCUCGCCCUGCUUCUGCGAACACAUGUCGCGGCUCGGCUCCUCUCGCUGCCAGCUGGCAGGCGGCCCCCUUCCUCGGCGCAGGGCGGGGCCAGCGGGCACGUGGGGAUGCGGUGUGAGAGGCGGCGCUGCUGCUGCUGCUGCUCCUGCUGCAGCAGCCCGAGAGGAGGUGGAGGAAGCGGGUGCUGCUGCUGCUUCUUCGGGGCCUCUCGCAGGACGGGGGCGGCAGGGGGCGUGGGCCUGUGGGUGGCCGCCCAUCCCGGCUGGACAGGUUGGGCCGGAGGGAGGCGCGGCCACGCAGGACUCCUGGGUUCCCCCUGGAGGGGUGGGGGUCCGGCGAAGGGGAUCAGAUUCUGGCUUGCUUCAAGGAGAGGUGGGAGUGGAGAUCAGGAUUCCCGGGUUCUUCCACAUAAAGAGGGGAUUCCGGGGGGCGGGGGGGUGUAGGACCCCGGGUGGGGGUUCUCUCUGGAGAGUUGUGGGUGUGGGUGUGUGGACUCCAGGGUGUUUCAGGGAAGUCGAAACCCCUGUUUUUUUUCCGGGUUGCGUGUGUGGUGCCUAGUGGGUGGAGCGUUGGGCUCUGGAGUUUCUUGGUUUCCCAAGGAAAAAAAUAUGGGGGGGGCACAGGACUCUUGGGUUCUUCAAGAGGAGAAAGGGCAAUGGGGGGGGGGGCAGAGGGAACCAGGAUUGUGGGUUUCUUCAAAAGGAGAGUGCUGUAGUAAUGGGAACAGGAGUACGAGGUUAUCCGAGGAAAGAGGGGUUUUAGUGUUGCCUAAAGGAAGCGGGGAUUCUGGGGUCCCCUGCAGGUGUUUUUUGGGGGGGCGGAGACUGGUGGUAAGUGUAUAGGAGUUAAGAGAGAUCUAGUUGAGGGUGGGGCGUAUGACUCCUGGCUUUUCUGAGGGGGCAGGUGGGGGUGGAUGACCUUGGGAGAAGGGUUCUCUAUCCCAAGUUUUCUGAGGGUGGGGGCAUGAGAGCCCAGAGAUCCAGAGGGUGGAGCUUAGUGAUAGGGGGGAAUGGUGGGAAGGCAGACACCUGAGUUGAGGGGUGAUGUGGGGACCCUGGUCUCUGAGGAGAGUUGCAAUGUUUCUUUUAUUGGUCUAGAUCAGGGUUUCCCCAGCUUGGGUUGCCGGCUGUUUUUAGACUACAAUUCCCAUCAUCCCUAACUAGUGGGUCAGGGAUGAUGGGCAUUGUAGUCCCAAAACAGCUGGAGUCUCAAGUUGGGGAAACCCUGGGCUAGAGCUUCCUGGGCUUGCUCUUGUGUACUUGUCUGCUUUGCCCCAGCAACCCCAAGCAGCUUAGAGGGACGGCCAUUUGCCUCCUCAGAGUUGCCUUGCCUCCCAGUUCCACGAUGAGCUUUUUCAAAGCGGUUGUCACUUGUGAAAUGGUUGUCUGGAUCCGCGCUCUCACAUGCCUCGUUCCCCCAUCUGUUAGGCAUUUAAACAGAUCGGCAGGGCCCACGUGGCUAGCUGGACACCGCAUACUGCAUAGUGCUGUUCCCAAAACGGCCUUGCAGUGCCGUUUAAUCCUCAGAAAUUUGCCAGCCCCUCUGCGUGUCUCUAAUCCCCAUCAUGUGUGCAGCUGCAGCUGCCUGAGCAGCAGCGAAGCCCUGUGUCCCCAAUUCACCGUUCCACUUCUCAAGAAGACACACAACCCUACAGCCCUCCUCCUGAAACACUCUGCAGAGAAAAGAAAACCAAUGGGGGUGGAUAUGUACAUAAUGCAAUGUCUAUAACAUAUGGAUGUGCAUGUGUGUUUGUGUACAAAGGACUCAGUAGAGGUUACAAUGGAAGUGUGGGGCGGACCAGCCUGCAGAUAGCCUGUUGUGGGUGCUGCUGCCCUCUUGCGGGUUCUCUUUAUUUGCGAAGCUCACCUGGAUUUCUCCUUCCUCCACACCCAUUCCAGGUCCCGUAACACCUGUGUCCCGAAGCACGCCCAGCCCUGUGGACCCCGAGGGCGUGGAGGUCCUCAUGAACUUUGACCCUGACCCUGCCGACCUGGCGCUGUCGAGCAUCCCGGGGCACGAGACCUUCGACCCCCGCAAGCAUCGGUUCUCCGAGGAAGAGCUCAAGCCACAGCCCAUCAUGAAAAAGGCACGGAAAAUACAGGUCCCGGAUGACCAGAAGGUGAGAGAGGCGCAAAACGCACUGAUCUUAGAACAAAUAUUUUAAGAGAUUUUCCUUGGAUGAUAUCAAAUGCACAGGGGAGCCUGUGUUGCGUCAAAUGCUAUUGGACUACAGCUCCCAUCAUCCCUGACCCUGACCAUUGGUCCUGCUGGCUGGUGGGAGUUGGGAGGCCAGGAACAUCUGGAGGGCCACAGGUUCCCGAGCCUUGAUCUCUGCUUUGUCUGCAAGCUCCUCCCUACAUUCCCCAAUGUAGCUGAAAAAAGCUUGGGUGCAGGUGGUGGUUUUUAAUUUGGCCGUUUAUAUAUUCAGCAAACAGCAAGUUUUAAAAAAUCACAACAAAAAAUAACUUAGCAAUGAAAACAAAACAGUGUCAUAAUCGCAGCUCAUUAAAUUAAUACCCCGCUUUUCUUUCAAGGUGCUCGAGGCGGCACUCCUGGUUCUUUUCCCCUCCUCCUCAACUUUUUUAUUCUCACAGCAACCCUGUGAGGUAGGAGGCCUAAACUAGGCUCUUCCUUGCCCAGUGUUGUAGCCCAGGGACAGCCAGUGUGGUUUCACUCCAGUGCUUGUUGAACUACAACUCCCAUAAUAUCUCACCACUGGCAGCACGUUAACUUCACAACAGGAGACAGGUUGCUUUUUUAAUUUUCUUUUUAAAAGGUUGGGCCGUUUUAAGUAAGAUCGAGAAGUUUGGGGAAUUGGCAUUUGUUAUCAUAUUACUUGUUUAAAGCACUUAGCAUUUUAUUUAACAUUUUCUAAGCUUUUUCCUGUUGACUGAUACCCGAUAGCCAAGGUUACGGUGUACCAGCUGUGACCCUGCCCACUGUGGCACGUGUCACUCGACAAGAUUUGGGUGGAAUCCGCUGGCGUGAGUGGGCAGAGCUAGGCUUGCUGCCCAAACCCUCCCAUUUUCGACUGCAUGCUGUACACAGAGCUGCAAUCUCCAGAGAUUGUUAAACCAAUCAGUCCCUGUUCACAGGGGACUCUGGGAAUAAGAGUCUUCUAAUAGCUCUCUGCACCCUCAACAAACUACAGCUCCCAGAAUUCCUUUUUUGGGGGGAGGGUGAACCAUGACUGUUUAAAGUGGUAUCACAACAUUUUUUUUUAUUUUCUGAAAUAAAGUAGCGUUUUAAACACAUAGUGUGAAUGUGGCCUGAGAAAACAGGCUAGGGAAAACAUCCCUGUUCCCCCAGCACCUGCUGGCCAUCUGUGCUAACCGAGUUUGCGCAGCAACUGGGGCGAUGGAAUAAAAGCUUGCCCGCAAUAUCUUUGCUUGUCUUUGUUUUUAAAUAAUAAUCAAACAGCUGCAAAACACUCCUUCUCACCACCUUUCCUCAACAGCAUUCCCUAACAGUAUUCUAUAACAGUACACACUACACCACUUGAUCAACUUAUAUAGUUUUCAAAUAAUCAAUUUACCCUACCACAUCGCUGCAUUCGGUGCAGUAGGUAAACUCUCCCUGCUAAUUAGUAAAAUUGUUAAGAUACCUCAGGUCUGCUGAAAUGUCAAAAGCUCACAGAUGUGCUACCAUGCAGGUUAUAAUUGCACACACCUCUGAGUAGCACCAUUGACCACAUUAAUAUCAAGAAAACCCAACAACACCAUGGUCCCAGCCACUGCUUUUUAGGAGAGACAGACAGACAGACAGAUGUGAAACACCAGUGUAAUGCCUUUGGCCCAAAAUGCCUGCCUGAAGGGUAGUUUCCACCCCCAGGGAUUUUGGUGGCAGGGCUAAGGCAGUGAAUUUCUCUCUGGGGUUUAGCGGUUUUUCACGUGCCAGCUUCAGGGUAACAAUGUUAUGGGCGGGAGAGAGGCUGUCUGGGAAAUGCACUGCUGGGUACGAACCUGUUUUCUGAGCUGGCGGUUAUGGAUGAUUGCCUGGCAUUGUGUGUCUCAAAGGCAAGGAGCGUGUCCAUGCGUAUUUUGUCAAGCGGUGACAGGAAAGGGUGUGUCCGCGCAUGCAUGACCGUGCACAUGCUCUUUCAAGAAGUAUGUGUGUUCUUUUGGGGAACGUCAAUCUCUGUCCGAGAUUCCAGAACGAUGUGUUGCCACCAGCAUACAAAGAUAUGAUAGAAAGAGGCACAGGAAUGCACUUUGCCGAGAGAUAGAAGCUGGCCUAAAGUCACUGACUGAGUGUUGUGGCUGUGGGUAGAUUCGAACCCAGUACUCUGUGUGCUACAUCACCGCACUGGGAGAAGUAGUCAUACUUACUGGGGCUGGGGAGGGGGAGAGUUGUAGUUCAGCUGCAUCUGACAGGGCAGAGGUUCCCAACACCUGACCUAUAGUAUUUGCACCUCUCUCUUUAGCCAAUAAGCCUCCCCAAGUGCCUUAUUGAACUUUUUUUUUAAAUAUUUUAAAAAAGAAGACAUUUCCUGUCCUCAGUUCAACAAUCUAAAAAAGAAGACACAAAAGGAAAAAUGGAAGGGGAGGGGAAAGAAAGCACGCUCAGGCACCAAAUCUCAAAGAAUUCUUACUAAGACUAGUUUGGAUGCAAACAGUUCCAGGAUGCUGGGGUAGAAUGGGCGCUAGUAGGUGACAGAUUAUUAUGAUUUAUUAAAUUUGUAUACAAGGUUCAUAUGGAGAAAUGCAGGAGAAAGAGUGAGAAGCAGCUUGAAAUACCUCUGCUGCUCUUUUCUCUUGCUUUUAGCAUAGGAACAUGCAAGGCCUGCAAGCAUGUCAUCAAAGUUAGCAGCUUUCCUGCCCCUGCUUGCUUAUAUGAUAAGUCCAGAACACCGUAUGAAGGCACGUAGUACAGCCGCCCUGCUGGAACUAAGCAGGCCUGCCCCUGUUCAGUACCCAGGUGGACUAUUGCCUGGGAAUCAUGCCGUAGUAGUAGUAGUAGUAAUAAUAAUAACUUACUUACUUACUUACUUACACACCCUGCCCAUCUGGCCGGCCUCCCCAGCAGCUCUGGUUGGCUUCCAACAGAAUAUUAAAAACACGAUAAAACAUAAAACAUUAAAAACUUCCCCCAAGCAGAGCUGCCUUUGUAUGUCGUCUAAAAGUCAGAUAGUUCUUUAUUUCCUUGACACCCAAUGCGAGGGCAUUUCACAGGGCGGGCACCCCUGCCGAGAAGGCCCUCUGCCUGGUUCCCUGUAGCUUCACUUCUCGCAGUGAGGGAACCUCCAGAAGGCCCUCGGAGAUGGACCUCCGUGUCCUGGCUGAACGACGGGGGUGGAGAGCUUUGAGCUCCCUGGACAGAAAGUAGAUUUAUUAGCAAUUUGUGGACUCUUCACAAGCCUACACUGACCUGUUUCGUUUUGUUUCUCCUACCUAGGACGAGAAAUACUGGAACAGGCGGUACAAGAACAAUGAGGCAGCCAAACGCUCGCGGGACGCCCGCCGCCUGAAGGAGAACCAGAUCACGGUCCGGGCAGCCUUCCUGGAGAAGGAGAAUGCCGUCCUGCGCCAGGAAGUGGCCAACAUCCGCCAGGAACUGACCCGUUACCGCAGCAUCCUCUCCAAGUACGAAUCGCAGCACGGCACCUUGUAA